CCGUUUAAUCUAAUCUCAGAGCGAUUGGUGAUUCAUCUCAGAUCCAAUCUCAGAGCGAUUGGCAAUUUCGAUUUUGAGAUUUUGAAGCUCCACCGCCUACACCAUCUGCACCGGCGAGGGGAGCGAGCACCAUCGUCUACUAAGGUUUUCUAUUAUUGGCAAGGGUAAUAGCUGUGACAUUCUGUGUAACCUUAGCAACAUCAUUGGCUGCAAGACUCGGUGCAACACGUAUGGAUGCAUUUCAGAUUUGCUUACAGGCUAUCAUUGCUUGUGCGUUUGCUGAGAAGGAUUAUGAGAAAGCAAAAGUUGUUGCAGCCCGAGUGUUGCAGAUGGGAUUUGGGUCUGAGGCUCGCUGUAGUUGUUGGACUCCGUUUGCAAUUUGGAAUAUUUACAAAUGACAAAAAUGUUGUUCACCUCAUUAGUAUAGGCAUUCCAUUUGUAGCAGCUACGCAACCAAUCAAUUCAUUGGUCUUUGUUUUUGAUGGUGUAAACUUUGGAGCAUCAGAUUUUAUUUAUUCUGCAUACUCCAUGGUUCUGGUAUCUGUAGUGAGCAUUGCGUCUUUAUUCCUUCUCUGGAAAAGCCACGUUUUUGUUGGAAUAUGGUUUGGUUUAACCAUUUUUAUGGGUCUGCGUGCAUUUUAUGGGAUUUUGAGAGUAUAACUCAAAGUUGUUGCAAUCUACCAAUUACAUUACCAGGCGACAAGCUGUCAAGUUAGGAUGAAAGUUUGAGAUUUUAUUCGAAAAUAUGUAAAUAAUUAAAAAUAAUAAUAAUUAGACAUCUCAAUAUUAUCCUAGGGAAAAUGCAAUUUUGUCUCCAAAAUUGUACCCUUCAUGGAUGAUAGGGAUUUGAAUAGCUUGAUGAUGUAUCACUUUCUUGGUUUGUAUGUUUGAGGGUGUUAUCAGCUUGUUUAAAGUUGUAUUUUAGAGAUUAGUGAAUCUUAUGAUUUGGAUACUUUUCUUAGUUUGUAUGUUUGAGUUUGUUAUCAGUUCGAUAUGAUAGAAGUUGAGGAUGGAAGUUAGUAUGCAA